AUAUAGUCCGCCCCCCCCCCCACAAGGUCUGAGGGACAGUGGACCGGCCCCCUGCUGAAAAAGUUUGCUGACCCCUGGUGUUGGCCAGUGUGGUCGGUGCAUGUGCUGACUAGCCUUUAUUCAUGCACUGAAGCAUUGUGAGGAAUUUAAACGGUGGCUCCAAGCUGCCCCGAGGUUAGGGCAAAGUUUUUCAACCUUUUUGGGUCCACAGCUUCCUUGACCAACUACAUUCCUUCUGAAGCACUCCUGUGGGGCUCAGGAGCUCAGUUAUGUCACCCCUUGCCUGCAGAGCCACAGCCCCCUCACCUCUUUUCAAACACCCUCCCUUGUAGACUGUUCCCCCAGCCUCCUCUCUUCUCCCCUCUCAUUGGGAGUCCACUAGGCAGCCACUGCUGCCGUCCCUAGUCUUUGAGCUGCCCUGCCACCCCAAAGAGAGGCACCUCAUCGCACUGCCCCACAGGGGCCUGAAAAGCACCCCUUGGCCAGUCCCAGAGGCACCAUUCACCUAGGGAGCUUGUAGCCGGGGCUGCUGUAACAAACAGCCACGCAAGCCUUUGGGAGGCAGAGACACGAGAGGGCAUCAGAGGAGGGAGGGAAGGAAAGAGGGACAGAGGCCAGAGUUGCCCGCGGCACCCCUGACCAUCAUUCAGGGCACCCCAGGGUGCCACAGCACCUGGUUGAAAACCACUGGUUUAGGGGAACACUGAUGAUACAGCUCACCACUAGGUAACUCCAUUGGAGGUGGGUGAGUGUUCAAAUGAUGUAGGAGGGCGCCAGGGGCUGAAACUAUGCAAAAGCCCAGAUUUAGCCUAUUAUUAUAAGGUGGGCAAGCACACACGCCACACUCACAGUACCUUUAUGUUCAAGGUUUUAUCUUCUAAUCUGAAUAAUCACAGUUCCGAUUUUAAUUCCUAACGCCUCUAUUCCGUAAGACUUAAAUGAUUAUAGCGCAAUCCUAUGCCUGCUCAGGAAUAAGUUCUGUUGAGUUCAGUAGGACGAACCAUAAGUGUGUUCAAGGUUGCAGGCUUUCAGCCUUAGUUUUCUAAAAGUCGCCACAACUCCCUUGGCUAAUUUGUUCUGUUGCCCAGUAGUUUCUACAAAUAGGAAGAUUUCCAACGUAAAACCCCCGCGUUAAAACCCGAACCCAUUGCUUUUUGCCACCCUAUCCUCCCCACAAAAACCAUUGGUAAAGUAUUUCUUACCUUGUUUUUGACAAGGUUAUAGAUAUAUAAUAUUUACCCCCAAAAUUAUACUGCUGAAUAUAAUAAGAAUGCACCACAUCCUCUGCUGCUAAGCAAAACUCCAUUCAUUUUGGUCUUUCAUGUACCAAGCACUAUUCUGAAGGAGCAAAUAAGGUUAUCAACCUGCGUCGUAGAAACAUUUUAUAUUUGUCCAUUUACAUACACACAUUGCAGCGUUAAACCGUAUGUUGAAAGUUUCUGUGUUCGUAAAUAUUUAGUGUAUAUAAAGUGCUUUGUGGAAUUCAAUCUCUGCUUUGAAGAUCUUUAGUCUGAGAUUUCUUAUCUAGAGGAAACACGGCAUAUAAAUAAAUAUCUCUAAACAGGCUGCGCUUCACAGCGUGCUUAACAGUGAGUGGUUUAUUGUUUCAGCGGAACACGUAGAAUAUUGGCAGUUACACAAUUUCUGACACGUCACUUGUCUUAUAUGCAGUGUUAGGUACAGCAUAGCAUCAAAAGUGCUUUUCUGUGUGCAAGUUGCUUAAGUGUCCACAUGAGGAAUCGGUCUUUUGGAGUCACCUCUUGACUUAGAAAAACAUCUUCCCUACAAGAAAAUGAAAUCAUUUUGCAUAUGCUACAAAGGUUGGUGUUUGCUGAAGAAGAACGACAGCAAGAAAAAUUGGCAUAUAGCAAGCUGAUGCUACACAAAACUUGGAAAUCUUCUACUUUCUUCUAAGACCGCUUGGGAAGAAAAUGUGGCAUGGAACUUAUCAAACUGAUACCUGAUGGGUCGUUCUUUUCCAGCAAGAUUGACUGAAUAAUUCUAUGUGCCUAACAUUUCAGUUUUUGAAAUGGCAGCUAACGGAGAGAAGAUUAUACUUGAAGAAGGUGAUAGUCAAGCUAUGUCUACCAACUUAAAAUACCUUUCCUUGGGGAUUUUGGUCUUCCAGACAACUAGCUUGGUUUUGACUAUGCGGUAUUCAAGGACACUGAAAGAAGAAGGACCUCGUUAUCUGUCUUCAACUGCGGUGGUUAUUGCUGAGCUUUUGAAGAUCACAGCCUGUAUUUUGUUGGUUUACAAAGACAGCAAGUGCAAUUUACGAUCGCUGAACAGAGUGUUGCAUGAUGAAAUCCUUAAUAAGCCUAUGGAGACACUUAAACUUGCUAUUCCUUCUGGGAUUUACACACUACAGAAUAAUCUCCUGUAUGUUGCCUUGUCAAACCUAGAUGCAGCCACUUACCAGGUCACGUAUCAGCUGAAAAUUCUUACCACUGCGUUAUUUUCUGUGUCCAUGCUCAGUAAGAAAUUAGGUGUGUAUCAAUGGCUUUCAUUAGUGAUUUUGAUGGCUGGAGUUGCAUUUGUACAGUGGCCGUCAGAUUCACAAGAAGCAGCCACUAAAGAACUCUCAGCAGGAUCACAGUUUGUGGGCUUGAUGGCAGUACUUAUAGCCUGCUUUUCAAGUGGAUUUGCCGGAGUGUAUUUUGAGAAAAUCUUGAAAGAAACAAAACAGUCAGUAUGGAUCAGGAACAUCCAGCUGGGAUUUUUUGGCAGCAUAUUUGGCUUGAUGGGCGUGUAUAUUUAUGAUGGGGAACUUGUAUCGAAGAAUGGAUUUUUUCAAGGUUAUAACCAGCUCACCUGGAUAGUUGUCAUUCUGCAGGCACUUGGAGGCCUUGUUAUAGCUGCUGUUAUAAAAUAUGCAGACAACAUUUUAAAAGGAUUUGCAACAUCUUUGUCUAUUAUACUGUCAACAUUAAUCUCAUACUUCUGGCUGCAAGAUUUUGUCCCUACAAGUGUUUUUUUUCUUGGAGCCGUUCUUGUAAUAGCUGCUACAUUCCUAUAUGGUUAUGAUCCAAAGCCUGCGGGGAAUCCUACUAAAGCGUAGCAGAAUCUUCAGUGCCAGCCCUUUUUUUUUUUUUUUUGCAAAAACUGUGCAUUAAGGACCUCAAAAUAAUUAUAUGGAGGACCACCAAGCACUGGAAUGGAAGAGUUUACAUGGUAUCUGAAGAAUGACAACAUAUUAAAAUAAUGGUUUAUGGGAGACAAAACUACAGAAAGACAGAAAACAGUAUGUACCUCUGGAAACGAAGGAAGUCCUAGAACAAAACUUGAAGGGAACACGUUGCAUCUAAUACCUACAAUUAGAAAUGCUUCCUGCUUGAACUCUGAGGUUAAAUCAGAAUUAUUUACUGUAUUUGACAGCUGCAGAAAUGCCCUAUGCACUCUUCUUGCAAGAGCACAUGACAUUUGUUGAAUUGUACCUUUUUUCUUCUCUUUUUUGCAAAUUUAUUUUCGUCUUAGUAUGUUUUUUUUAAACUUGCUGUAUAUUUGUAAUUAUCAAAUCAAAGUGAAAUAAGAUUUAGUGCAACCAUGGUCUUUCUGAUUUGCUAUUCCGAUUUAAACCCCUGCAAAGUAGGAUUGAAUCGUUCUCCUUUCAAACAUUUUUAAUAUUUUAUAUAGAAAGCUGAACAAGUAAACAGAAAUGGGUGUUGGGAAACAUAUCUAUACACAUUUCUUACGGCCACGAGAAACCUUUUUUUGAUAAGAUUCCCAGAGAGGAAGAAUUUGAAUCCACAAAUAAUAAAAAGGAUUAAUCAGAA